AUGGGUUCGAUGUCUGUCCACUGGUUGGGUUGCCCUAUAGGAAGCCAUGCUUGGAUACUUAUAGCCAUGUUUCAACUAGCCAUGGAUUUCCCCACCUGUGAAUCUCUAGCCCAAGGCCCAGAGUUCAGACUCUUGCCUCGGCCUUUCCACAAUCCUCGAUUGUGGAGUUUUAAGAAUGGACUGGCAACGAAGAUCCCCACUCCUUUAUGGAACCUUCUUUCAUUCCGUCCUGAGCAUGCACAUGGGCAAAUACGAACAUAUUCCAGAGGGACCCAUAGGACCAGGGACCAGGGGGUCAUCCCUUUGAAAAGUGGGCCAUCGAAACACCCAGAAACUGCCAAAUUCAACCCUUCCAUUACGUCCUUGGUGGGCAGUGGGAGCAUAGAACAGCAGAAACCUUUGAGAAGAGACAAAAGGCAUCUACAGGGGGGUAAUUUGAAUAAUUUUGACUUCAGAGCAAAUAAACCCACAGUGGAAACUGAAUUCAUUGCCUGGGGUCCCACAGGGGAAGAAGAGUCUGUAGAAUCUAGCACAUCUCCUGGGAUUUAUGGCCCCACCACUGUCUCCAUUUUACCAACCAGAAAGACAACUGUGGCCACUACCACCACUACUACCACAAGCUAUGUCACUCUACAAACUAAGGGAUUCAUGGAGUCCCUUAGUCCUGGGAUUAUUAAGAACAACCCCAACUAUCCGGGUAGGAUUAGCACAACCGAAGCCUCCACUGUUCCCAACAGCAAUGGCAAAGACAUCACGCCGCCACGGAUUCUGGAGCCCUCAGGUCUGGCUGUCCAUCAGAUAAUAACCAUCACUGUCUCCCUCAUCAUGGUUAUAGCUGCUCUGAUUACAACUCUUGUCUUAAAAAAUUGCUGUGCACAAAGUGGAAACACACGGAGAAACAGUCACCAACGGAAAAUCAAUCAGCAAGAAGAGAGCUGCCAAAAUCUGACGGAUUUCACUCCUGCCCGCGUGCCCAGCAACUUGGAUAUAUUUACCGCCUAUAAUGAAACCCUGCAGUGCUCACAUGAGUGUGUUAGGACCUCAGUGCCCGUGUAUACUGAUGAGACUUUGCACCCAACUGGGGAGUAUAAAACCACCUUUAAUGGAAACAGACCUUCUUCUUCUGAUCGACAUCUAAUUCCUGUGGCCUUUGUGUCUGAGAAAUGGUUUGAAAUCUCCUGCUGA